UGCAUGUGAUUCAAAUCUUCGUUUUACUUACGUUUUGCCUAGUUGGGAAGGUUCUUCUUCGGAUCCACGCGUUCUUCGUGAUGCUCUUCAAAGGCCCAAUGGUUUGAAGAUUCCUAGAAAUAAGUAUUUUCUUGUGGAUUUGGGAUUUUGUAACGCUAAAGGUUUUCUAGCUCCUUAUAGAGCCAUUGCUGAGACAUACUUUUAGCAUUCAUCAUGAAGAGAUCCGAGAAAGAGCCAAUGAUACCACAAAAACAACCAAAACGAUCUUAUCUUACUUGGAACCAACAAAUGGAUGCUAUACUUAUCUCCACUUUGUUUGAGCAAAGCAGUGAAGGAAAUAAGGGCGAUGGAGAGUCAAGCUGUUGCUGAUAACCUAAGGAACCAAUUGGGUUUAUUGGCUACCACCGAACAUGUAAAGAAUCGAAUCAAAGUAUGGAAGAAACAUCAUUCAGUAAUCACAGAUAUUCGCACUUACACCAAGUUUAAGUGGGAUGAUGAUAAGAAGAUGCUUAUUAUUCCAAUUGAAGACCACGAGGAAUGUAGUGCCUAUUGUAAGGUCAAUGCCGUGGCGUCUGCUUAUAGAAAUAAGAAUAUUGAUUAUUGGGAUGAAAUAUGCACAUAUUUGCCAUGGAUAGAGCUAUGGGUCAAGAAGCUGAGCAACAUGAAGAAUCUGUGGCAGCUAUGGAGAAAGAAAAUGAAACUUGCAGUCCUUCUGAGGCAAACUCUGCAUCAUCUAACAAGAGGUCAAAGAAAGAUUCUAUCGUGGAUGCUAUUUCUAGAUUUACAGAGUCAUUUGAAAACUAUCUACAAUCAAACAAACUUCCACCUAAGCCUGAUUCCAAAGAGGUUUAUGAUGUUGUUUCAAAGGUUGCCGGACAAGAUCGAAAUGAAGUCUUGAAGGCAAAAAAUCUGUUUUUGAAGGAUACAGAAGAGUUUGUUAUGUUAAAGGAACUACUAGAGAAUGAGAAAUUAGACUAGGUGUUACUAUGUCUUAACUCAUGAGUAGUUUUUUUCAGAUUUUAUUUUUGUUUAUAUGGACAGUUUGGAUGUGC